GUGAACGCGACCGACGAGAUUCUUACCUAGCAGGCGAAGAUGGAAGAGUUGUACGCCGACCGUCGAUGCAUGAAGAGGGCACGCCGUCACUUCCCGACCAUGAGAGGCGGCGGUCACCACCACCUGAGCAUCUAUUGCACGCGGAAGAUAAUAGGAAGAUUGCGGCUCCUAUUGCCUCAGCGAUCCGAGAGGGUAGCAGAGGGACCUCUCGGGAUGAGUCUAGGUUGGGCAGUCGGCGAGGCUCAA